AAGGAGCAAGGAAGUUCACUUUUGUGAACUCCCUACUCCUCACACUCCUCACAAUCGAACUCACCCAGCCUGUUAUUAAUUUACAAAAUAUAUCCUGGUUGCAUUUGGGCAUCGAUGUCAUAGAAAUGGAUAGUUUUUGGUGCAGAAUUCACAGGAUCUUUUGUGAGGAUUACAGGAAGACUGUUGGUUUCUGUUGCUAUGGAGCUGCUGUGACAAACCGCUUGGAUGCAUUCAGUGCCAUUCUAGAACCUUAAUUGUGGAUGCUGCUGGAAGAGGAAGAGUGGUGUUCUUAGUCCUUUGGAGUGCUGCCAAGUCAUGGAGGCUUUGGCUCAGGUCCUUUCAUGUCCAGUCUGUUUGGAGCUGUUCACUCCCCCAGUGCUGGUCCUAUCCUGUGCUCACAAUUUCUGCAAGAAAUGCCUGGAAAAGAUUCUUAUUCGCCAGAAUUGUAGUCAUGUCAAUGGACAGUUCUGCUGCCCUAUGUGCAGAAAAAUUAUACACUUGAGGGGAAGAGGAAUCACUGGAUUGCCAAGGAAUAUUCUGGUGGAGAGUAUCCUGGAAAAAUUUAAGCAUGAACUUGAAAGCCUGCAAGCCAAAGAACAAAACCAAUUGUCUCAAAUAUGUCAAGAGCAUGGGGAAAGUAUGAAUUUGGUGUGUUUGACUGAUGAUAAACCAAUUUGUGCCAUCUGCAAACUCUUUGGAGACCAUGAACCCCACAAUAUAGCAAAAAUAUCUGAGGUUUAUGCAGAGAGGAAAAAACGAUUCAUCAAAGAUUUAGACUGGGUGUUCCAGCAAUCUGAACGUGCUGAACAAGCUAGGAAGGAAAUAGAAAAGAUUAUCAAUGAACUUACAUAUACCAUUGCUGAUGUCAAGGUUAUGAUUGAUGCCGUUGGGGCUAGCUUACUGAAAGGGAUCAGAUGGAGAAUGACUGAACUAAAAACAAAAUUAGGCAAAGAAUAUUCUACAAAAGUAGAAAAGCUGCAACUAGCAGCAAAUGACUUUCAAAUUCCCAGACACCUCUAUCACCAAAUGAAAACUCUUUUGGAACAGCAUUCAAAUCCAGUGCACUUCCUUCAAGAGGACAAAAUGCUCAGAAGUAAGAUAGAUAAACUUAUAGAAGGAAAUUCCUUACAGCAAGACACAAAAGAAUAUCAAAUUUCAGUUGGGCAAUAUUUUAAAGACUUGAUAAGAGGCAUCCAUAUAACCAAUUAUAUCUCCUCUAAUUCAGAUGAAAUACUUGCAAAUUUCAAUGAACUGUCUGAAGUGUUCAGUCCAGAAUGUCCUGCAUUUUCUUUUUCUGGUGAAGUUCCUAAUGAAUCUUUCUGCCAAAAAGUACUGGACUUUUUCCAGAAAUCAAAUGAAAUGAAGCAAAUUCACACUCAAAAAGUAUCUUAUCGUCAUGACAACAAUGUAUCAAGUGAGAUGAACACCUUUCUUGAAACAGAACCAUUACCAAGACAAUCCUCAGUGUAAUUAAAGUUUGAGAAACUACAAUUUGCAAGUACAAUGUUUUGUUUUUUAAGGAAAUGUCCUCAUUACAGGUUUUCAUUGCUAACUAUCAAAUAAAAUAUUUAUAAAUGAAA